AUGCCCCUCCAACCAUCAACGUGUGUUAAGAAUCCCUUAUCUUAUCCUGAGUCUCGGAUUAACGAUGGCUCCUCCGACAGACCAGAUUAUGGCCUCCGAUUGAAAAGGGAUUUAGGACCUAGAAACGUGAUGAUCACUCAACAUUUUAAUAAUAAAAUAGUAUCUCCGGGUGAAGAUGUUAGUUUACAGUGCACAGCGACAUCUGAUAAGCCACCGAGAUUUAUAUGGGAGAGGGAUGGUGUUGUGAUUUCUUCUAACACAGACUCCAGAUACAUCUUAGGUCAAAUGAUGUCAGCGAGUGGUGUCGGUGUGAUAUCGCAUUUGAAUAUAUCGAGGUCAAGGGUCGAGGAUGGUGGUCUAUACACUUGUGUAGCCUAUGAAGGAGACUCCAAUACACGACAUAGUGCUAGAAUUGAUGUUUACGGACCACCAUACAUAAGAACUUUACCACCGAUAAAAGUACAAAGCGGUGACUCUUUGAAAUUAAAAUGUCCCUACUAUGGAUUCCCAAUAAGUAAAUUAGAAUGGGAACACAGAGGAAAAAAGAUAAUUAGCACAAUGCUGCCACAACACGCUAGAUAUAAAAGGACGGAAAAUAGAUUUUUAGAUGAAAAUAACAAAAUAGAUCGCAAGAAGAGACAGGUGAUUGAGACUAGUGAGGACGGAUUGCUUAAUAUACAGAGGGUCGUUAAAGAGGAAAACGGGGAGAUGUACACAUGUAUAGUUUACAGUCCUUCGGGAGAAAUGGCUAGGAGAUCCUUUGAGAUUCAAGUGGUUGAAGCACCAGAAUUGGAUGAACUGAGAGUUGGUUCCGGAUUGAAGGAAGGUCAAAUAGUUCAAAUAACUUGCAACAUUAUCGGUGGAGAUCCACCUAUAUUCUUCUCCUGGUUAAAAGACGGUAUGAAAAUACCCGCAAGUUUGAAGAUAAACGAAAGGAGUUCAGAGUUAUUCAGCGUAUUGAUAAUAAAGCGAGUGUCGCUGGAACACUGCGGCCGGUACACUUGUAUCGCUACCAACCACGUGGGCAAGGUCAAUCAGACCACUGAGCUUUAUAUAAACGUUGCUCCAAAAUGGGUUGAAGAACCAACGAACAAAUCUCUCUUACUAGGACAUCGAGGUGUUGUUGAUUGUAAUGCUAACGGAUAUCCUGAACCACAGAUUCAUUGGAUGAAGCGAGACAGUUUAGGAAUAUGGCGACCUAUCCUAGAUUUGGCUGGUGGGGUAUCAAGUUAUCCCAACGGUAGUUUGACCUUAGAAGUGGUAUCUUUAUCCGAUGAAGGGGAAUACGCGUGUCACGUGGAUAAUGGUGUAGGGGAAGCCCUUAAUAAAAAUCUUUGGAUAAGUGUCAAUAAGCCAGUGCAUUUUGAGUCUCUGGGCAUGAAUCUAACCACUAAAAUAGGGUUGCCGAUAACAUUAACUUGUCAACCGCUGGGUGACAGCCCUAUAAGGAUAAAAUGGACUUUGGAUGGGAAACCAGUCGAAUUUACAUCGUCAAGAAUCACAAUAUCUGAGAGUCAAACAUACACUGGUAUGAAUAGCACAUUAAGCAUCAAUUAUGUUGAAGGAAGAGAUCGAGGGAACUAUGAGUGUAGAGCAAGCAACCCAUACGGAGUGGAUAGUUAUAAUAUACACUUAAAUAUAUUGGAACCUCCAAGUCCCCCACAAGAUUUUCAAGUGGAUACAGUUAGCAGUUCAAUAGCGAAGCUCUCAUUCAGAGACACUCUGCCUCAUGUUGAGUAUUAUACAUUACAGUACACUUCAAACCAAUACAGUCUGUGGGAUGCUGCUAAAACUAUUAAUAUAACAAGACAACAAGCCCCGCGCCAAUCCGUUCAGCUAGUAGGUCUUCAACCAGCGGCUGAGUACAGAGUGAGAGUGUCCGCCGGUAACCAAGUGGCUCUCAGCGAAUACACCGCGCCGGUACACUUUACUACACUACAAGAAGCACCAUCAUCAAGUCCAUUGAGUGUUCAAGUGGAGCAAACAGAGAAUCCCGGAGAAUUAUCAGUGUCUUGGAUUCAACCGUCGCGAGAAACACACAAUGGAGCAUUACAAGGAUACUUAUUGAAAGCUGUCCCAAGGAUUGGAGGGGAUAGUGGAACAAAUGAUUCACAAACUAAGUUAGUGAAAGUAAUGGCAAGGAAGGGAAAGCAAGAAACUAUACUCACUAGUUUGUUAAAAAAUACCAGGUACGCAAUAUCUGUGAGUGCGUUUAACGCGGCUGGUAAUGGACCAUUUUCUUUGCCGGUAUAUCAAACUACCAGAGAAGGCGCCCCAGAAGAGCCUCCUUCCGGUGUAGAGUGUGUGGGCUCGUCUUCUACGUCACUACGUGUGGCGUGGCGCAGUCCCUCAACACCACAUCUUGGACACGUCCUAUUAUAUAGUAGUGAAGAUGGUCCCUGGUUGAAUAUAUCAACUCCACAUUCUGAGUUAUACAUCCAAGGACUUUUGAAGUUCACGAAUUAUACGUUAAAAGUGGCAGCCUUUUCUAGUUACGGAGUCGGUCCCUACUCAUAUCCCGUAGUGUGUACUACACUACAAGAUGUUCCAGGAGCACCAGCGGCUAUCAAAGCAUUGGUGUCUUCACCAACAUCGUUGAUAGUUAGUUGGAAAAAACCCGAACAACCAAACGGAAUUAUAACACACUAUACUGUAUAUGUUAAACCGGUUACUAGUACCAACGCACCGCAAAGCUAUCGAGUAGAUCCCAACCAGGAAUCAAACCUGUCACAGCUAACGUUCUCAGUGAUCGGUUUGACUACUGGUCUGCAAUAUGAAGUUUUCGUUAGAGCUCAUACUACGGUCGGUGAAGGAAGUCCUAGUAAUAGAAUUCAUGUUGAAGUUACAUCUCGAGUGGUUGCUGGUAUAUCAUCUUUAUCAUCGUGGGUAUCAACGGGCGUGGGUCGUUCUCUACUUCUGUCGUGUCCGUGUUCGGGUUCGCCACCACCACGCACUGUGUGGUACCACAACCACAACAUUAUAACCCACCACCCCAGAUUCACGAGGAACCACGAUGAUAGUCUACUUAUAAACAAUAUAGACCAAUCAUUGAGUGGAAAUUACACUUGUCUAGCGAAGAAUUUAUACGGAUCAGAUUCUGUUUCGUAUGUAGUAUCAGUUCUACCGACUCCAGAUCCUCCUAUUAUGAGAGUGACUCCUCACAAGAACUCGCUUUACAUACAAUGGGAUCAACCGAAGAAGAUUAAUGGGAAAAAUCAGAAAAUUACGUUUGAUUUAACAUGGAAAGAAGCAAACGGUAUCUGGCAAGAUGCUUGGUCGAAUAAAGUGGCGACUAUACAGGGUGUUCAAGAUUUUAAUUUAGAAGGUCUUAAAUGUGGGACGAAGUAUUCUUUGAGAAUGACAGCCUCAAAUAGCAUUGGUUCCUCGCAACCAUCUUAUAUUGAUGCUUCUACAUUAGGCGGGGUUCCAAUAUCGCCAACGACAACAGAAUGGUUUUGGAGUAACGCGACUCAUAUAUACAUACAACUAAGUGGGUGGGAAGACAACGGCUGUGAGAUUACCAAAUGGGAAGUUGAUUACCGGGAAUAUGGAGGGAAAGCUUGGAGACGGGCGGAGAAUAAACUGCCACUACAUCCAUGGAGUCACUACUCCACUCCAAAUACAUUCGCUGUGAGUGACCUCACGCCCGGCCGGUGGUAUCAACUGAGGGUACUUGCCGAAAACAGCGCGGGGAUAACCAGCGGAGUGUAUAUGUAUGCUACUACUACGGAAAUGGGGGAGUCAAUUGGCCCACCAACAGAUUAUAUUGACUUCAACAUGAUAGUUAUAAUAUGCAGUUCAAUAAUGUUAUUCGUAUGUCUAGUGGCGUGUCUCUACAUUAUAGUUAAGAGACACAAUCAUCAAAGACUAACUGAAUACAGGAAUUCAUUGACCGUUGAAUGCAAAUCUGAGCGAAGUAAUGUGACUGUGAAUACUCCUCAAAGUAUACCGAGUGAGGUUAAUAAUAGAGUUUAUAGCACUCCGGUACAUUUAACAGCUGAUAAUAAACAUGAAUUAUACGAAAUAAGUCCCUACGCUCAGUUCGCUCUUGGGUUCCGUACAUUCGGUCAUGUUGAGAACAACGCGGCGCCACGACCGGGGAGAUAUGACAGUGAAAUGAAUUUCUUCCAAUGA